AAAAGACGUUUUUCAAUUUUUAUAUAAAUCUAAAAUUAUUUUUAAUAAUGUGAUAUCUUUUGUAAUUAUUUAAAAAUAAAAAAAGAAAUAUAAAGUUGUUUCACAAGUAUAGUGGCAAAACCAAAAUUCAUCGUCAAAUGAUUCAAAAGUUUCCUUCCCCCAAGUUGCUGCUUCCCUGAUGCUCGGAAAGAUGUCUCUUCCUCUCGUCGAGGUAGACGGCGCGGCGGACGCAGGGAGAGGAGGUCGGCGAGUCAAUCGCGGGAGUAAUUAAGGGUUACUCAAGCACCGUGCAGGUGGAAGUGGAGAUGAGGCUAGAGAUGGCGGCGGCGGCGGGCGUUGGUGGAGGUGUCGGACACGAAGGGGGAGUUGACGUUCUCGAGGCAGGCGGAGUGCUGGAGUGGGGGGCGGCGCCACUGUUCCCGGUGGCGGCAAAUGGUAAGACGAGGGAGAAGAAAGCGAGUGAAAAAUGGCAAUUCGGAUCUUCAGCUUGGCCUUUUUUUGGGGGUCCAUGUAGCUUCGGCUUCUGGCUUUUGUCUUUUGUUAUGUCAGGUGGGGAAUGAAGCUUAUCUGAGAAUUCAGACUACUUUGGAGAAGGAAAAAAAAAAGCUUUAAGAUGAAUUUUGUAUGAACACAGCUGCUGAAUGAAAAAUAUAUGUGGAAUUGUUUUAUUGGUGGGGGUGGGGGACGCUUGGUGCCCUAGGACCUCUGAAUGGAAGUUUCUCUGAAGUUUACUUCAUGUUUAAGGGAUAUACGUGUGAGUUUUAGGACAAACACGUGAAAGUGACAGGUAGCUGGCCUUCUGUUUUCCAAGGUUGAAUCUUCUUAUCAUAUAAUUAUUCCUCAGUAAAACACUGUCCAAACAGGGCCAAAACCCAACAGCAGGGUCUUCAUCUUCUUCUGCUGGUCGGCUGAAAAAAAAAAGCAUUUUCCAAACUCGCUGAGCUCUGGUUUCUUGAUCAUCAGAGACGAUGGAGGAAAAGGUUUCUCAAAUCCAGGUCCCUCGAGUGAAAUUGGGAAGUCAAGGAUUGGAGGUUUCUAAAUUGGGAUUUGGAUGUGGGGGACUUUCUGGAUUUUAUAAUGCUCCUCUCUCUCAUGAAGCUGGAUGUGAAGUUAUCAGGGAAGCUUUUCAAAAGGGUAUCACCUUUUUCGACACAUCAGAUUUCUAUGGACAUAAUCAUGAUAAUGAGAUCAUGGUUGGCAAGGCUUUGAAGCAGCUUCCGAGGGAGAAAAUUCAACUAGCAACAAAAUUUGGCAUAUUUGUGGCAGAGGAUGGUCAUGUUGGGAUCAAGGGCACUCCUGAAUAUGUACGGAAAUGCUGUGAAGCUAGUCUCAAGAUGCUUAAUGUGGACUAUAUUGAUCUAUACUAUCAGCAUAGAGUUGACGUUUCAGUGCCAAUAGAGGAUACUAUGGAGGAGCUCAAGAAGCUUGUGGAAGAGGGAAAGAUAAAAUACAUUGGGUUAUCUGAACCUAGUGUUGACACAAUAAGAAGAGCACAUGCAGUUCAUCCCAUUACUGCCUUGCAAAUGGAGUAUUCCUUAUGGACUCGUGAAAUCGAGGAGGAUAUAAUUCCGCUUUGCAGAGAGCUUGGUAUUGGGAUAGUGGCAUAUAGCCCACUUGGUCGUGGGUUCUUUGGUGGGAAGGCAGCUGCGGAGAGCUUGCCUACAGAGAGUAUGCUGGCUUCCUAUCCAAGAUUCAGUGGGGAAAAUUUGGAGGCAAACAAAGUCCUAUAUGCUCGGCUUACCAGCUUGGCUGCAAAGCAUGACUGUACCCUUCCUCAACUGGCUCUAGCAUGGCUUCUCCAUCAAGGAGAUGAUGUGGUACCUAUUCCUGGAACAACUAAACUUAAGAACCUUGAUAAUAACAUUGGAUGCUUUGGAGUAAAGCUUACACCGGAGGAUGUCAGAGAAAUUUCUGAUGCAUUCCCAGCUGAUCAAGUGGGCGGUGAAAGGUAUCCUGGUGAUUUUUCCAAGCACAGUUGGCAGUUUGCAAAUACCCCCACCAAAAUCACAGCAAGUCAUGUGUGAUAAAUAAGCAAGAGCGUAAAUCUGCAACUCUCCUCUUCUCCUUUUUUUUUUGGGUGAUAAAUAAGCAAGAGCGUAAAUCUGCAAGUAAUAUGCCUUGCUCUCUCUCUCUCUCUCUCUCUCUCUCUCUCUCUCUCUCUCUCUCUCUCUUUGUGAGCUAUUUGGAGUGGAAUCAUAAACUAACAAGUCCCAUCUGGCACGUCUUAAAAAAUAAGUGCUUGUUAUGAAUGACACUUAAA